AUGAACCGAAAAGCGCGGCGCUGCCUGGGCCACCUCUUUCUCAGCCUGGGCAUGGUCUACCUCCGGAUCGGCGGCUUCUCCUCGGUGGUAGCUCUGGGCGCAAGCAUCAUCUGUAACAAGAUCCCAGGCCUGGCUCCCAGACAGCGGGCGAUCUGCCAGAGCCGGCCCGACGCCAUCAUCGUCAUAGGAGAAGGCUCGCAAAUGGGCCUGGACGAGUGUCAGUUUCAAUUCCGCAAUGGCCGCUGGAACUGCUCGGCACUGGGGGAGCGCACCGUCUUCGGCAAGGAGCUCAAAGUGGGGAGCCGGGAGGCCGCCUUCACCUACGCCAUCAUCGCCGCGGGCGUGGCCCACGCCAUCACGGCGGCCUGCACCCAGGGCAACCUGAGCGACUGUGGCUGCGACAAGGAGAAGCAGGGCCAGUACCACCGGGACGAGGGCUGGAAGUGGGGCGGAUGCUCUGCCGACAUCCGCUACGGCAUCGGCUUCGCCAAGGUCUUUGUGGAUGCCCGGGAGAUCAAGCAGAAUGCCCGGACUCUCAUGAACUUACACAAUAACGAGGCAGGCCGAAAGAUCCUGGAGGAGAACAUGAAGCUGGAGUGCAAGUGCCACGGCGUGUCGGGCUCCUGCACCACCAAGACCUGCUGGACCACGCUGCCGCAGUUCCGCGAGCUGGGCUACGUGCUCAAGGACAAGUACAACGAGGCGGUCCACGUGGAGCCCGUGCGCGCCAGCCGCAACAAGCGGCCCACCUUCCUCAAGAUCAAGAAGCCGCUGUCCUACCGCAAGCCCAUGGACACCGACCUGGUGUACAUCGAGAAGUCGCCCAACUACUGCGAGGAGGAUCCGGUGACGGGCAGCGUGGGCACGCAGGGCCGCGCCUGCAACAAGACGGCGCCCCAGGCCAGCGGCUGCGACCUCAUGUGCUGCGGCCGCGGCUACAACACCCACCAGUACGCCCGCGUCUGGCAGUGCAACUGCAAAUUCCACUGGUGCUGCUACGUGAAGUGCAACACGUGCAGCGAGCGCACGGAGGUCUACACGUGCAAGUGA